AUGAGCAGGUUGAAGGAGAUGUACAUAUCUCAAUCAUUGGAGCAGUCUUUGACGCCUCCGGAAACUCCACCAAACGAGAAAGCGGAAAAUCUGGUGCAUCCAUGGCCAGAACCGGAAACACUGCCGAAGGAGAUGUUCCCCCCGAAGAGAAGAAAGCCACAUCAUGCCGAAGAGAUACAAGAUACCGAGUUCGAAAUUUCAAAUGCAUUAAAUCAAGGGAUCCUCUUGCGCCCCGAAGCCGCGAUAUGCAUGUUGGUAGCUGUGGGAGUUGUUGAAUUGAAUCCAAUUGAAUGGAAAGCACCUGAUUUCGGUUUUGGGCUGCCAGAUCUGCCUUGCAUCAGUGGACGAGAUCUCGCUGGAAAGAUUGUUGAAGCGCCAAAGUUAAGGUCAAGAUUUAAACGAGGGGACAGGGCAUUGGCGAUUUCAACAGACAGUCGAGAUUCGGGGAAAGCGGCAUACCAGCAGUACGCCGUGGUGUCAGACUAUAAUGCGUGUAGACUUCCACAUCAUUUAUCCUCAAAGAAUGCUGCUCCACUGGGUGUUGCUUUUGUCGCUGCUUCUCUCGCACUCGGAAUGUGUAUAGGAAUGGACUUCCGAGGUGUGAAAACUGGGCUUCCAGGACCAAAUGUACUCUACGCUAUAAGCUCAACCUCGAGAGACCAACGACCGGAGGAUAUCAGAUCAGAAAAUUUUCAUCAGAUUAAUAAGGACGAGAGAGCAGGAGACUGGAUUGCAAUUGGGGAGCCUACAGAAUCAGGCUCAUCAGCUAUGGGAAUAUGUGCUAUUCGGCUUACAAAACUAGCUGGCUUCAAAGUUAUCGCUAUUAUAGAUGUCGCCAAGAACGGUGAGCGCAUGCUAAAACAUGAUGCCGAUCUGUUCGUGGACCGAGUCGAUCUAGAGCGGGCAAUUCAAAUCAUGAAAUCGAUUAGCAAGUGGAAGUUGCGGUUCGGGCUUGAUACUGGAGGGAAAGACAGCGCAUUACUGUUAGUUGAAGCAAUGCAACAAGUAGUGGAAGGCCAAAAGAGAUUGCAUCUCGUCGGCUUGACAGUGAAACUCUUGGAGCAGAGACUGUUGGCAACACCUGAUAUUGAGGUUGCGGAAGGAGGUUUGGAAGGUAUCAAUGCCGCGCUGGACAAGCUCUGA